AUGGUAGAGAUUUAUCCCCUAUGGCUCGCUGGUCAAGAUCAACCAGGAGAAGAGCCUUUAAUUCCCGUUGAGGAUCCUUCAACGCGUGAAGUGUUUGCAGAAUGUCACGCGGCCUCGGUGAAAGAUGUUGACACUGCGGUCCAGGCUGCUCAUUUGGCAUACAAAUCGGGAAUUUGGUCCCGCGCAAGUCGUCAUGAACGUGCAGAUGUUCUUGAAAAGUGUUCCGCACAACUCUCCGACUUCUUACCGGAGCUCAUUAGAAUCGAAGUAAAGCAAACAGGUCGCCCAGUCCGUGAAAUGAAUGCCCAGGUUCCGUCUCUUGUCAAGUGGUUCAAAUACUACGCAUCUCUCCUCAGAGUUGAGGAGCGAUCGGUUCUUCCAACAGCUGGGAAAUUGCAUAACUUUGUCGACCGUGUGCCUCUAGGCGUGGUUGUUCAAAUCACCCCAUUCAAUCACCCAUUACUGAUCGCAGUAAAGAAGCUUGCCCCAGCUCUCGCUGCGGGAAACAGCGUUAUUCUCAAGCCUAGCGAGUUGACUCCCAUUACGUCCUUGCUACUCGCCAAGAUCCUUCAUGGUGCGGGGAUACCGCCUGGUGUGCUGAGUGUUUUGCCUGGCUACGGUAUGGUUACGGGAAAGGCUCUCGUUUCUCAUCCCUUGGUGCGAAAAGUCGAUAUUACCGGAGGAACGGCAGCCGGCAAGGCAAUCGGGUCGAUAGUCGGUGGAAACCUAUCUAAAUACACAGCAGAGUUGGGCGGCAAGGCCCCCCUAAUAGUGUUUGAAAAAGCACAAAUUGACGCUGCGGUGAAUGGAAUUGCCUUUGGGAGCUAUAUGGCCAGUGGCCAGACUUGCAUUGCCAGCACAAGGAUCAUUGUGGCCAACGAGAUUAUGGGACAGGUGGUCGAAAGACUGAAGACCAAGGUCGAGAGCAUCGCAAUGCGCAUAGGAUCUCCUAGUAAUCCCGAGUCGAUGAUGGGGCCCCUGAUCUCUGAGAAGCAGUUGAAUAACGUGGAAAGACUUGUGGAAGCUUCUUUGGCAAAGUCCGCAGUCACCAUCAUGGGAGCCCAACGUAUGCUCGGUCGGAGUCCACUAGAUGGACUCGAUUUUUCACAGGGGUAUUACUAUGAGCCAACAAUUCUCACAUCAACAACUGGCAACAGCAUCGUCAAUUCCCCCAUAUGGCACGAAGAAGCGUUUGGCCCAGUAAUUGUCAUUGUGGGAUUUGAUACAGAAGAGGAAGCCAUUGCACUGGCAAACGACACCGAGUUCGGCCUUGGAGCAGGAAUUUGGACGCAGGAUCUGUCGCAAGCCUUCCGAGUAUCAGAAAGAAUUGACGCGGGAAUUGUGUGGGUGAAUACCCAUCAUCGAAACGAUCCUAGCAGUCCCUGGGGUGGCAUCAAAGCGGCAAGUGGUGUUGGAAGUGAGAAUGGCAUUGACGCCUAUCAUUCCUACUCUAUGACGAAGAGCACGAUUAUCAAUUUUGCGUCAGCCGGUGAGAUUUUGGCUCAAGACGACUGGUUUGGUGAUGUUUCAAAGAAUGUCAGAUACGGAUAA